GACUCGACUUCUUCUUGCCCGCCGAUUUCAACCUUGUUUGACUGGCCAAACUGGUAACGCUUCAGCGCCAUGGCUUCCUUUAAACAAUGCGCUAAAUGCGGGGUUAAAAUACCCAUGUCAGAUGGGCACGACAAAUGUGUCCUAUGCCUAGGGGAAGGCCACAUCCCAGGAGCCUGCAGGCAUUGUAAGGCCAUGACGGCCCAGGCCCUAAAAAAUAGAGACCAGAAGUUGAAAGCGUCUCUAUAUGAAAAGGCCUUCCAUCCCUCCUCAACUGGGGAUGAUCCGGGGACCUCUGAUACACAUAAAAUUGCCAACUACGCAGCGUGCAUGGGGGCAUAUGUCCAGCUCCUUAUGGAAAAAAUGGACCCUAUCAUCAGUGAACUUCCUGAUGAUAAGAAAAGGAUUAUGUCCGCCAUCCGCAACGAGGCCCACUCUGUGGGUGGCCAGCAAAUAAUAUCAGCACGACACUCAACCGAUUGCUCCUCCAAGAUCCUCUCUGGAUCCGUAGCUCUCCGCCGAUAUGCCUGGCUCCGUUCCUCAGAUUUGACUCCCCAAGCCAAAGCGGCAAUAGAGGACAUGCCAUUUGAUAAUUCUGGCCUAUUCAAUAAAGAGACAGACGAAAAGUUAAGCUUUCGUUAUAGAAUGAAAACAGCUGCCAAGAAACACGGCAUGUCAGCCUCAUCCUCCAGGCCAGCUAAGCAACGGUACAGUGGCCAACGGAACUGGUUCCACCACGGCCAGCAACGCUUCCACCAUCCCGAGAGACAGUUCCAGCCUCAAGAUUCCACACGCCAGGGCGGACGCUCCAGGUCUCCCUCUCAACAAGACCGUCGCCAGCCGUCUCAAAGCCGUUACCAACCAGGUUAUAAGAAAAAAGAUGCUAGGGGCAAAAAGAGAUUCUGAAGCCCCCUAGCGCACUUCGUCACCUCCCACACAGAGGGGUUGCAGCCCUUUUAUAACACCUGGGCUUCCAUCUCAACAGACUCCUGGGUCCUAAAUAUAGUCCAAAGGGGUUAUACCCUGGAGUUCUCUACGCUCCCUACCACCGGAGCUAUCAUUACCACCUUACCCUCGGACACCCUUCUCGACGAAGUGCGCUCCCUUUUGGACAAGGGCGCUAUCGAGCCUGUACAACCUUCCCAGGCCCGAUACUGCUUUUUUUCCAAAUACUUCAUUGUCCCUAAAAAACCUGAAGGCCUUAGGCCAAUUUUGGACUUACGCGCCCUUAACACCUUCAUAGCUUAUAGACGCUUCAGGAUGGUAACCCUUGCCUCUAUCCUGCCACUCUUGCAGAAAGAUGCCUGGUUCGCCACGCUGGACCUGAAGGACGCCUAUUUUCACAUUGCGAUACAGAGCGACCACCGCAGAUUCUUCGCCUUCACCGUUGGACCAGAUUUCUUUCAAUACAAGGUCCUUCCAUUCGGCCUGUCUUCAGCACCAAGAGUCUUCACGAAGUGCAUGGCUCCUGUCAUAGCUUAUCUACGUCAGCAGGGAAUCGUAGUGUUCCCCUAUCUGGACGACUGGCUAUUCACGGCACCAUCCAGAGAGGCCCUUCAACACCAGAUGGACUUUGCCCAAGACCUACUGGCAUCAUUGGGACUUCGUGUCAACCUCGAAAAAUCCCAAUUGACCCCGUCCAGACAAAUCAAUUUUAUAGGCACAUUGCUGGACUCAGAAGCAGCCAGGGCCUACCUCCCGCAGUCCAGAUUCCAAGCCCUAACAUUCGCCAUACGAGCCUGUCUACGGUACAGACACCUACCAGCCCGUGUGAUACAGGUGGCGAUGGGACACUUAGCCUCCACAACCUUC